AUGCCAUUUAAAGUUCGUAUUUCAAAAUUUCGUCAUGUCUAUGGUUCACCUUAUCGCGAACAAGAUUGUUACAAAAAUAUUUGUAUUACACGAAAUGCGCACGAUGGAUGUUUUUGUGCAGUCAACUCGAAGUUCUUAGCAAUCGUCACGGAAACAUCAGGUGGAGGAAGUUUUCUUGUUUUACUCCUUUCAGAGACUGGCCGUGUUGACGUUGAUCACCCCCGCGUUACCGGUCAUCGAGGGCCUGUCGUCGAUUUAAAGUUUAAUCCGUUCAACGAUAAUGAAAUUGCUUCGUGUUCAGACGAUGGAACAGUAAAAGUAUGGUCUAUACCAAAUGACGGUCUGAAAACGGAUACUUAUCAAUGGAAAGUUGAUUUACACGGACACCAAAGACGUGUCGAUUAUGUGGAGUGGCAUCCAACAGCAGAAAAUUUGAUCCUAAGCGCUGGUUCAGAUCAUCAAGUAAUUCUAUGGAAUGUCGAACGAGCGGAGCCAAUUCAAAUCUAUCGUUGCCAUCCGGAUUCUAUACAAUCGGUGACAUGGAACCGCAAUGGAUCAUUAUUUGCAACAACUUGCAAAGACAAACGUAUACGCGUUAUUGAAGCACGUACUGGUCGUAUUGUUGCUAACAAUAUCGGUCAUCAAGGUCCAAAAACAUCGAAACUCGUCUUCUUAGGUGAUACAAAUCGAUUGUUAUCAACCGGUUUCGGUAAACAAUUCGAAAGACAAGUUGCUAUAUGGAAUGCAAGUGAUUUAUCAGGACCAUUAACUGUAGAAACAAUUGAUUUCAGCGCCGGUGUUCUCGUUCCAUUCUACGAUCAUGAUACACGAAUAGUUUAUCUUGCAGGAAAGGGUGAUGGAAACAUUCGAUAUUAUGAAUACACUGAUCAAUGUGAGCCUUAUUUACAUUUUCUUUCGGAAUACAAAUCUACAUCACCACAACGAUGUCUCGGUGUAAUGCCAAAGUUAGGUGUUGAUGUAACCCGAAAUGAAAUUAUGCGUUUUUACAAAUUAACAUCCACAGGCCUUAUUUGUGAACCUAUAUCAAUGAUUGUCCCACGACGAGCUGAAGUAUUUCAAUACGAUAUUUAUCCAGACACCAUUGGUCCAUAUCCAGCCUUAACAUCAGAUGAGUGGAUUUCUGGUGUUGAUCGUGAUCCAAUACUUGUCUCAAUGAAAGAGCGUACCGAGGAAACGAAUGUUCCACAAAUUACUACCUAUCGAACACUCGACUCGACGUGUAGUUUUCCGCAUCGAGGAACCUUACAAAGAAUAACCCAACUACCUGUUGCAGAAGUUGCUCCGAUACCGAAAGUAAACAUGACCAACGAUUCAUCGAUUUCUCCUGCGACACUGGACAAAUCUAAUGACGAUCUACAGCAACACACUUCGCAUCAAUCUAUGAAAAAAGUCGAGUCACUACAUUUGCCUGCAUCGAAUAUCGAAUUUAACUUUCUUAAAGAGAAAUUUCAAAAUCAACCGGAUUUUGUUCAGCCAUUUAUUAAACAUAAUUUCGAAAUCAAGAAAAAAGUAUGGAAUGUGGAUACCAAUGAUACUUAUUCGUCUAUUCCUUCUGAAAUCUACGGCAUUGAUUAUCGUCAUGAGUACCUUAAACAACAAGAAGAAAUUCAAUCCUUACGUGAAAUCAUAUUUCUCAAAGAUAAUCGAAUUCGUUUUCUAGAAGAUGAAUUACAUUUACUCAAACUACGAGUUGAUAAUCAAGAGAAGAUCUUAUCUAGAUGA